CUCAAAUUCCUCUGCAAAUGGCUUUUCUUAAUGGCUUUUCUUAAAUUCCUCAAAUUCCUCAAGAAUAAAGGCAGAAGGAAAGCAAUUCAUAAAUAUUCUUUGCUUUAGUUAAAAGCAUUUAAAUGCCUAUUCGUAAAUUCCUGUAAAUUCUGAUCUCACGUUCUUUUUUUCUGAAGCGGUAUUGUCAAAAAAUUUAUUUUCCUGAAGCGUUGCAGUUGAAAAUUUUCUUAAUUAGAAGUUGAAGCCUGCAACAUUCUCUCUGGCAUGCAAUAAUACAGCAGAAGAAGCAUUUACAUACCGAUUUUCGUAAAUUUCUUAAUACAGGAGAAGAAGCAAAGAUGGCUUAUGUUCCACCGCACAGGAGAGCAAAGUCGUCGUCUAAGCCUGAAACCCCUCCACAUUCCGUCAACAAAGUAUAUAAAUACCCAGCGCGGGACGAUGAUGCUGCAAGGUCUAACGUUUUCAUAUGGUUUCCUGUUGACGAACAUGUCAAUCCGCCGGCUAAUGUGCAGCUUGACUUCAAACCCUUUGCGGGCCGAUCAUUUCCACAUCUGGAAGACAAAAAGCUUUACACGAUUUCUGUAAACCCCAAUCCCGUAGACGAUGUGGAAAAUGAUACAAGAUCCUUAAUGAUCAAUGAGACCCAUCCAUGGAGGUAUACAUGUGAAAAAAUAAAGGGUGCUUUAAGAGAAUGUUUUCAAAGACUUGAAAAAUAUGUCAAGGGUUCAAAGCCUAAUUAUGCAAAGCCUACUUUUACAGCUCGACUUGGACAAAAUCUAUUUCAUGGUGGUUGGUUAUCGUGGCAUGAAUAUGUCAGCUCAAAUACCUUGGAGAAAAUAUGGAAUAGUGAAAUAAGUCUUCAAAAUCAAUUGAGAAAAGUAUUCUAUACACACAUACCGGAAGAUAUUUUUGAAUCCUUAAAAGAAAAGACCAUUACGAGUUUGGAAUCACCAAUAUUAAAAGAGAAAGUUGUUUAUAUUGUUGAGGUUGGGGAUAUUUUGAAUCCUAAUACUGUGUUACGAAUAACAUGUCGCAAGAAAGGUAUAGAUGGUAAACAACUUGAGCUCAAGAAGAUCGAACUGCAUCCCAUAAGAGCCUUUGUUGCAGAUACAUCUUGCUUGAAAAAGCUGAUGGAUUGGCGCUUGUCAGUGACAGAAACGUAUUUGAUAGAUCUAGAUGAAGAAGAUAAAGAAAGUAUUGAAGGAAUAGUGAAUUCUGCCUGCAUUGACGUGAGUGCAAAAGGAGGAUUGCAGUGGCCCAAUGGAGGCUUUGUGAGAAAAAGAUUUGUGCUCAUAAAAACAUGGACUCUCAAUGUUACUACCAUUGUUGGGAAAACAUGGGACAUUAAGUUUCAGCACGCAGACAGAGCAAAAUUCAUGGAUUCUUCUGGUAUGGUGUCAAAUGAAAUAGAUAUAAAGCUCAAAAGUAUAACCAAAUAUUUGAGGGAUCGGAGGCAAUGGGAGGAAGAGAACAUAAUGAACAUACUGGAAGAUAGCUUGAAAUGGGUUUGGAUGAAAGUUUUGAAUGAAUAUAAUCUUGUGCACAAAGAUUAGCUUCAACGAAUGUGUUCUGGGGGAGUUUGAGACAAUCAAGACCUAUCGUUAUGAGCUACUUGAUUGAAUUAAAUCUGUAUCUUUUUGUGCUUGACAAUACUGUUUAGAUCAUAAGAAGGGUUAGUCCGCACGUUAUGUAUUAUAAAUGAAGUGGAUAAGCAUUUGAUUUAGACACCACUUACGGAUCAGUAUGAUUUAGUGGCAUAUGACAUUUAUAAAAUGAUAUUGAAAAUAAACAAUGUUGGA